AUGGCACAGUCGUGUCCUCCACAAUUCAAGAUGGUCCUUAUCGGCAGCUCGUCCAUCGGCAAGACAUGUCUCCUUCACCGCUUCCUUGACAUGGACUGGUCAGUUGACGGCGUUGCUGCGAACUACGGUGUGGACUUCCGUGCUCAGAACAUGGAAGUUGAUGGACGCAAGGUGAAGCUUUGCAUAUGGGACACAGCGGGAAUGGAAAAGUUCCGAGCAAUCUUGCCGGCAUUCUAUAGGGGUGCACAGGGUGUUAUACUCGUGUACAGCAUUUCUGACAGAACAUUGUUCGAUGCAUUGCCAGGUUGGCUUGCCGACACCAAUCGCCACGCUCCAUCUACGACACCCAAGAUAAUCGUUGGGAACAAGUUAGACCAGGAGGUUGACCGGAAGGUCCCUACGUCUGAUGGGGAAUCAUAUGCCGCCCAAAUCGGUGCCCUCUUUCGUGAAGCAAGCGCCAAGACUUCUAUGAAUGUGACCGAGGUCUUUGAGGAUCUCGUCAAAAAGAUGCGCGAGGCCGACGAUCUCAUGAAGUCCAUGGUCAUUUAUAGAACGUGGCCCCAGGAUGAAAUCAUCAAGCUGGUUGCAACAGACCAACCCAAACGUAACUGGUGGGAUAAAUGCAAGUGUUAG